AGCGUUCUAGAGAAAACUUCACCUGCCAUAGAUGCAAAUUUGGCAGAAAUAGUGAAGAGUCUGCUUACAGAGAAGCUCACAAAAGAAAAGUUGGCCGAGGUACAGAACAAGUACCUCAGACCUGAAAACUGCACUAAUUUGGUUGCACCCAAGAUAAACAAGCAAAUUUGGCAACAAUUACGACAGGAGACCAGAAACAAUGAUUCAGCUUUCCAGAAGGCACAGUCCUUGCUCUUGUCAGGUUUAUAUGCUGUACUUCAGCUGUGCAACAGUGCAAAUGGGGAUCAGAGGAAUGUUUUGACCCAUACAGCAGUCCUGCUGUUGUCAGCAAAUAGAGAGCUUAA